GCUGGCGAUGGUGGAUGAAUGGAAGCAGGAAGCUGUGCUAAGCUGCCGCAUCGCCGCUGACAGGGGGCCACUUCCGAGCGCCUGAAGAUCAUCCAAGUAGCCGACAUCUGCUGAGCAGGAGGCGGCCCACUGGCAGGUUAGAAGAAUGCGGCGGUCUUCAAAUAUCUUCGACAUUUCUGCUUUGUUUAUGAUUUCUGCCUUGUGCUUAUUCAUCAUUUUCAAAAAAGACUUGUUGCCUCGUGACUCAGUUAAAAUCUCAACCAAUGAACAGCCACCUCCGAAUCGCAACCCCACACGUGCCAGUAGGUUCAAUUAUCCUUGGAAUCCAUGUACCCCGAAUGACUCUGCUCGGAGCAUUCCAGGAUUUUCUACUCUCCCAGGUCACAUUCAGAACUUCCUCUAUUAUCGGCACUGUCGGCAGUUUCCGAUGCUGCUGGACGUGCCUGACCUCUGUGGAGCUACGCCAGAAGAGUCUGCCAACGUCUUCUUGCUGUUAGUAAUAAAGAGUUCUCCCUGGAACUAUGACCGACGUGAAGUGCUGAGGAAAACUUGGGCAAAAGAGCGCCUGCAGGAUGGAGUGUGGAUCCGGCGGGUCUUCAUCUCAGGGGUCACCGGCAGUAGCGAGGAGCAGCGUAAACUGAACAAGCUGCUGUGGCUGGAGCAGCAGGAGAACCAAGACAUUCUGCAGUGGGACUUUAACGACUCCUUCUUCAACCUGACCCUGAAGCAGGUCCUCUUCUUAGAGUGGAUGAUGAACAACUGUCCUCGGGCCCACUUCCUGCUAAAUGGAGACGACGACAUCUUUGCAAACACAGACAAUAUGGUGGAAUAUCUUCAGAGCCUGAAGGAUAAUGAUGGGGACAAACACCUUUUCACCGGUCACCUCAUUCACUACGUUGGGCCCAUCAGAGAACCUGGAAGCAAGUACUACGUCCCCGUCCAAGUUCAGGAGUCCAAUUCAUACCCCCCAUACUGUGGGGGUGGAGGCUUCCUCCUGUCUGGUUUCACUGCUACAGUCAUAUACAACAUGUCACACAGUAUCGAACUUUUGCCAAUUGAUGAUGUAUAUAUGGGUAUGUGUCUGGAAAAGGCUGGGCUGGAGCCGGCGUCUCACUUUGGCGUUAGGACAGCGGGGUUACACGUCCCUUCGCUAACGGCUGAUAAAUAUGACCCCUGUUAUUAUCGGGAGAUCUUGCUGGUGCACAGGUUCUUGCCCCAUCAGAUUUUCAUCAUGUGGCACGAGAUCCACAACCCAAGACUUAAAUGUGGCAAAUCCCACAAUGUCAUCUGACUACUGCUCAGGACAAUUUGUCAUUUAUUAAAUAUGAUUUGUCUAGUUUAUUAGGUUCUUUGUAUGGGGUAUUGGUCCUGUAUUGUCUGUUUAUAUAUGAAAUAAAGAAUGUAUUGAAAUUUUGUUAACUUAA